AUGCAAUCAUCCUCAAUAAUGCACUUAACAUCGUCCAAAGUCAAGGAACUGUUGGCCGUUCUUAAAGACGUAGAGUCUGCCCAACUUCGCGUGGAGUGGUUGCGUGCGAUUGUCAAUGAUAUUGCUGAAAACAUCGAGCUCAUCAACAAGCACCAGACCGUGGAAAUGGAGAAGGCCAAGUCUGAUAAAGAAAUGAAAUCAUUAAAGAAAGAGCUUGAAUCAAAAACCGAAAUUCUUGUUCAGAAAGAACAAGAGGUGGCGGAUAUUAAAACGAAGAUCGACGGAAUAAUCAGAGAACGACUCGGCGAGCUCGAGGUGAAGUCAUCUGAUUUGGAGAAGAACAUGUUAGGUAUCAAAUCAAAGGUUGAUAAUUUGGAUAGCAGAUCAUUGCUAAAUGAACUACUUUGA